UUCUACCUUUCCUAGGCUAAAAGGGACAGCGGGUUUUGUCUGCACCUCCAGCCGGUGGGGAGUGGGUCUUGGCUGUGGGGCCUGUUCCCUGUCUACGGGGAGAUCUGUACUACCCCUGGCUUCUGUGGGCUCGCACAGUGAAGCUAGCCUGGGUUUUGGUAUAAACGGAGUUGGAUGCUAUGUGUUGUGAGGCUAGAUGUGACCUGGAGCAGGCCUCCAUGUAGAGGCUCUAGAAGGAGGCGAGGAGGCAGAGGUGUGAGAGCUGAGGGUCGCUCCGCAUUUCAGGGAGUGAAGUUGCCUGGCAGUGGUUCUGUGGCUGCACGCCAAUGAGGUCUGUUGGCAAGGGGGAGUAGCUUUGUGCUCUGCUGUGUGCUGUUAGGUAUUUAAAUGAGCCACGUCUUGAAAGUAUUCCUGUGAAGCUGAAAUAAGUAAUACACGAAGUGAGAGCUGACCUCUUGCCUUUACUUAUCCGUACCCUGCUAGAAAGUCCAUUUCUGUAGAUUUGUAUCUAAAGUUAGAGGCUGAGGGGAAAAAAAACCAAACAAAAAACAACGUAGAAACUGAAUGAUGGCCAAAAAAGCUUUUCAUUUUACUGUUGGCUUUGAGGUAAUGUGCAGCUCGCAGAGCGUGUGGUCUGUGUGCCUGCAGCUUCGGGCUGAGGCCAUCCCUUUUUCCAUUUAGUUGUGUUUAUUUAUCUAUUUCUGCUGACAAGUCUUUUGGUUUCUGGCUGCUUUGCAGGCUUGUGUUCAGGCAUUAUUGUCCCAUUGGCCCUUGCCACGGGAAAGGGGCAGAGCUCCUGAAGGCUGCAUAUUGAUGGCUGCUGGAAAAGACGGGAUUUGGGAGUUAAAAAACCCAAGUCCCUCUGUGUGUUUUAAUUUGGAAAGCGAUCUGUGAGGUUAUUUUCUAGCAAUUGAAUCUCUCCUUUGGAUCCUCUCCUGUGCUCUUUCCUGAAGUGUUGCUCCAAACCGAACAAGACUUCACAGAAGCUUUACCAGAGCCAGCUGGAGGAAGAGGACUUCUCAACUGCUCUCAGUGGUGUCAGAAAGCUAAAUUUCCUCCUGAGCUUUUCUUCUCCACUCUAAGUUGUCUCAAGUACUUGUUCUUGACUCUGCUUCUGAUGUCCACAUGAUUUGGUGUGGCUAUCCUCAUAACCUCAAAAACAUGUCCAUCCGAGGCCUAAAGAAGAAACAGCCAAAGACUUUUAAAGUCAAAAUUAUAACAGUGGAUGCUGAAAUGGAGUUCAGCUGUGAGAUGAAGUGGAAGGGAAAGGACUUGUUUGACCUGGUGUGCCGAGCACUUGGUUUAAGGGAGACUUGGUUCUUUGGCUUGCAGUACACAAUAAAAGGAAUGUGCACCUGGUUAAAGAUGGACAAAAAGGUUUUAGAUCAAGAAAUCCCCAAAGAAGAUCCUAUUAGCUUUCAUUUUUUGGCUAAAUUCUACCCAGAGAAGGUAGAAGAGGAACUACUGCAGGAAAUUACCCAGCAUUUAUUCUUCCUUCAGGUUAAGAAACAAAUACUGGAUGAGGAAAUCUAUUGUUCUCCAGAAGCAACAGUUUUGCUGGCUUCUUAUGCUGUUCAGGCCAAGUAUGGUGACUACGACCCAAGUUUUCAUGAGCCAGGCUUUCUAGCACAUGAUGAACUUCUACCCAAAAGGGUCCUCAGGCAGUAUCAGCUGACAGCAGAGAUGUGGGAAGAAAAGAUUACUGCUUGGUAUGCUGAGCACAGGGGCAUUGCCAGAGAUGAAGCUGAGAUGAACUACCUGAAAAUUGCCCAAGACUUGGAGAUGUAUGGUGUCAAUUAUUUCCCAAUUGCUCAAAAUAAAAACCAUACAGACCUCCUGCUUGGAGUUGAUGCCAAAGGUAUCCACAUCUACAGCAUUAAUAACAGGUUCUCUCCAAAUAAGUCCUUUGAGUGGAGUGCUAUCAGAAACAUUUCCUAUAGUGAGAAAGAGUUAACUAUUAAACCUCUUGACAAGAAAGCAGAAGUCUUCAAGUUCUUUUCGUCUCAACUCAAAGUGAACAAGCUGAUUUUGCAGCUGUGCAUUGGAAACCACGACCUGUUUAUGAGGAGAAGAAAAGUGGACUCGGUAGAGAUCCAGCAAAUGAAAGCACAAGCCAAGGAGGAAAAAGCUAGGAAAAAGAUGGAGAAUCAAAGGCUGGCCAGGGAGAAGCAGCUCCGAGAAGAAGCAGAGCGAGCCAAGGAGGAGCUGGAAAGGCGACUCUUCCAGCUGGAAGAUGAAGCCAGGCAGGCCAAUGAGGCCCUGAUCCGAUCUCAGGAAGCAGCAGAGCUGCUGGCUGAGAAAGCUCAGAUUGCAGAAGAGGAGGCAAAAUUGCUGGCCCAGAAUGCUGCAGAAGCUGAGCAAGAGCGGCAGAGGCUGGAGAUCACAGCUCUGAAAACCAAGGAGGAGAAACGCCUGAUGGAGCAAAAGAUGCGGGAGGCAGAGCUGAUAGCAGUGAAGCUGGUGAAGGAAUCAGACCGGAGAGCUAAGGAAGCUGAGCAUCUGAAACAAGAUCUGCAUGAAGCCAGAGAGGCUGAGAGGAAAGCCAAGCAGAAACUCUUAGACAUAACCAGGCUUAAUUAUCCUCACAUGGUCAAGUACCCGCAGUACUCACCAACUGACAGCAGAGAUGCCAACUUUGACAAAGGAUCCGUAAAGCUGGAUUUGAAAGACAUCGACCUCAAGAGACUAUCCUUUGAGAUCGAGAGAGAGAGGUUAGACUACUUGGAAAAGAGCAGAAAAUUUGAAGAUCGACUGAAAGAACUGAAGUCUGAAAUUCAUGCUUUGAAGCUAGAAGAAAAACAGUCUGGGCUUUACUCUCGCUGGAAUGAAGUGCUGGGAUCUUUGGAUCGCUCCUUAGGGAAUACUCCAUCGUGGAUGAAAACCUUUGAAACUGGAGAGUCAUUGGAUAUAAAUCUUCAAAGACCUUUUCCUGCUUCCUCACUAAGUACUAAAAGCAGCUGGCCUUGUACCAACAGAAUUCAACACCCAGUGCCAGUGGAUAAGUCAUCUCUUCAAGCAAACCCUUUGCUUGCCAACAGUGUGGGCACAGGAGCCAGAAAACAGAUUAUAAAGGUUCAGCAACAUGACUCAGAUGUGAUCUACAUUUGAAGCCUCUCAUUUCUUUACCUGCUGGCCAUCUUUUUUUUGGCUGCUGCAAAAUGGACCUCUACAAGGACAACUGUGCAGCUCUCUCUGCUGACAGACAUCAGCACAAGGGAAGUGGCACUGCAGUUAGAGUGGUGCUGUUCAGCUUCUGAGCAGAUAACAUAAACUGGGAGCACUGCAACUGCCAGUGCAAAACCAGCUGGUGUACAGUGGUGUAAAGGUACAAACCCAGAGAAAUAUUGUUUACUACUUAAGCACUUUGGAAGAAACACUUUGUACUUUGCUAACCCUUCCUCCUCCAGGUGUUUUUACACACUGUCCUGUCACUGUGAUACUGCACUUCUGGGGAAGGGAUGUGAGGCAGCAAGUGUCCAGGAAAUACUUGGGAGGAGAAAGAGAAAUGUACAUGAGCUUGGUAUUUACCUACAGAAGAGAGUAAUUAUGGUUUUGCUAUGGUCCAUGGAAUGUGACUCCCACGGAGCUGCUCAACAAUUUAGUGUUUGCCUGCUAAAUAUUUCCCUUUUUCCUCUCCAAACAUUUCUUGGUUUGCUUAAUUGAUUUGCAUUUCUCUGUGAGAAAUCUCAGCUUUUAAUUCCAGAUGUAGAAGUGGACAUCAUCAAAUGCCUUUCAUUCCUGAGGGAAUCCCUUGGAAUGCAAAGCUUCUGUCCAUUCUCUUUGCAGUUUCCCACUAGAUCAAGCACUUGCUGUUUCUUUUGCUGCUCCAGCAAACUUUGCAUGCAUUUAACUGGGUUCCAGUUCUGUGUAACACAGCUUCCAAAUUAAGACAAAGACAAAAUAUGUUGUUGGUGUCUGCUAAAGUUGGGGUGGUUUCUGAUGGAGGGAUGCAUGCAGCAAAAUGUUUGCCUCCUUAGUGCAACCUGCUUGCAUUUUGUCUGUGUUGCCAUAAAUCUUUAGUCCCAGGACUUCUGGGGAAACUGACACUGUGCAGCUGUAGCUAAAGUAGCACAGCUGAGCAUGUGACAUGCCAUGUAAAAGUGACUGUUUAUGUUGUUAAGUAUCUUGUUCUAAAAGCUAAGAUGAAACAAAAUACUUUCAAUUCCAUUUCCACUUGCUAGUGACAAAUUGAAACUGAAUGUUGUGUCAAUGUGACAGCAUUUACAAGACAAGUUUUAAGAUCAAAUAAAUCUGCUCUGCAAAUGUCUGCAACAGAGUGAGUGCAAUGGGGGAUAGCAUCUGUAGGCAGCUGUGGGCUCAAGCUUGUGCCAGUCAUGACAGUUCCAUGGGGAAAUGCAGGUGGCAGUAAUCUGCAGUGCUGCCCUCUGGUUUGUUCUCAGCCUUCAGAGGAGCUGCUGCCUUUGGUUGGUAUGGGGUUGGGGUCAGGGUGUGUGGAUUCUCCUCACAGCUCUGUCCCAUAGGAGGUGUUUGCAGCUAUUGGGUAUUAAAUACACAGGGUUUUGAUCUGUCUGGAAAGAGCCUUGCGAGUGAGAUGGAGAAGCUGUCAGAGGCAUCAGACUGAAGAGGCAGAUGCUGUGAUGGUCCCAAGACUGGGUAGGUGGCAUUGGCUACAACUGGAACAAUGGUGAGAUACAGGAAAUAGCCUGAAGGGGAAAAGUACAAAACAGCUCUGAAUGUGGCAUUCCAGACUGGGAAGCAGGGAGGGUUGCUGGGAUUUCCUUGGUGGUUCUUGUUUCUUCUUUCAUUUGUGUGUCUUACCACAUAACUAAGCUUGUACCCUCAUUCUGACAGAGGUGCUGGAGCUUCCUUUUGCUGUUGUGAGCUGUGCCAUGGUAUAGGGCAUUGAUGAAGAGAAAUGUUCCACAUACAGGAUUGAUUUCUUUGGACUUGAUGCUGUGUAUCACAGUGAAGGACAGGGUCACAGUGCUGCCAGCUUGAAAAGGAAGCCUGUAUGCCCAAGCUGUUCUCCUCCUGUUGGCACUGCAAAAAGAAGUGCUACCUGGGCAUCAGUUUGUCUAAAACCUAAAUAAAUAUUUGCAGCAAUUA